AUGUAUCCAAUCAUUUCAUCAGAGAUGAACAACUUGAAAUCAGCAAGUGGAAAACUUGUUGAAUCACAUCUUGAAUUCGAUUCUCAUCUUGUCCAAAUCGACCGCAACCGUAAUCGAAAGAAACGAGAUAUAUUCCUUAAGAAACCAGAUUCCAAUCCAGAACAACAACCACAACAAAAUGAAACAUCCAAACCAAAACAACAAGAACAACAAAACAAGGACAAAGACAAAGAUCAAGAUAAAACCGGAAACAAAAACAAACAGAAUCAAAAGAAACAACAAAAUCAAAACCAAAAGAAUAAGAAACAGAAACAGAAAACAAAUUUUGCAGAGUAUGUUGGUGAUGAACAUAAAACAGAAGAAAAACCAAAACAUCCAGAAUCUCAAAAACAAAAUUCUAAGUUCGCCGAGUACAAACUACCGAGAUCUUCCGAAGAACAAAGUAACAAUAAUAACAACAAUAAGAAUAACAAGAACAAGAAACUUCAACAGCCAGUUCACGAAAUCAGAAUCGAGCGUCCUAAACGAGAUGAACCUCAUCUUGAUAUUCCCGAAGGUGUUCGUAACGAAAACUUUGAAGCACAUCGAAACGAAGAAGUUCGUCGUCAACCAAGAACUCGUUCCCGUGGUGGUGGUCGAGGUAACAUCGACAUUAGAUAA